AGACGGUAGUCACCGUGGCCAGACGGGCGGCAACAAUAUUGGCCAGCUCAUAAAGCUACAGCAGCAGUAAGAAACAAGAGACGUCCCAAGUGGCGGAAGGUUCCGUCUUCAGGACUAGUCUGGACAGCGGUCAAGAUAAGGUGUGAGUGGUGACAAUACAGUGUGUGGCGCAAACCUGCUGUAAAACCUGCAUUUAAACCGCCGGGGCCUGAGCCAGCUGGGCAUCGAAAUCUAAGUACAAACCACCGGCAAAGCCAAGCUGCCAAAGCUGCCGUUUUGUGCGCUCCUGUCGAGCAGAGCUGCAGAGGUACAACGGGGUUCAUGUCUGACCAAUCCGUGAAACUCAACAUGCUUCUUCUGCUGGCGUUUCUGCUGCUGUCUUAUGGAGCUGGCAAUGCCCGUUGCUCAACUGUUCAUGCGAACAUCACAGACAUUCUCUCCUUGCUCCGAUUCAAAAGGUCCACCCACGAUCCAACAGGUUCCUUGAGGAACUGGAACCGAAGCAUCCAUUACUGCAAGUGGAAUGGUGUCUCCUGCAGCUUACUGAAUCCAGGGCGGGUGGCGGCUUUGGAUCUCCCUGGCCAAAACUUGUCAGGUCAAGUCAACCCUUCUCUUGGGAACAUAACGUUCCUUAAGCGCCUGAAUUUGUCCUCCAAUGGCUUCUCCGGCCAGUUACCUCCUCUGAGUCAGCUCCAUGAGCUGACGCUUCUUGACAUGAGCUCUAACUUAUUCCAAGGGAUAAUCCCCGAUUCACUCACACAAUUUUCGAACCUACAGCUCCUGAAUUUGUCCUACAAUGGCUUCUCCGGCCAGUUACCUCCUCUGAACCAGCUUCCCGAGCUGGUGGUUCUUGACUUGAAAUCCAAUUUAUUCCAAGGGAUAAUCCCCGACUCACUCACAAACUGUUCGAACCUCACGUUUGUGGAUCUUUCAAGAAACAUGCUAGAAGGCUCAAUCCCGGCGAAAAUAGGUUCGCUUUACAAUCUAAUGAAUUUAGACCUUUCUAGGAAUAAACUCACCGGGGUCAUACCACCAACCAUCAGCAAUGCCACCAAGCUACAAUUUCUCAUUCUUCAAGAAAAUGAACUAGAGGGAAGCAUACCCAGUGAGCUUGGACAAUUGUCCAACAUGAUCGGCUUUACUGUUGGUAGCAAUAGGCUCUCAGGUCAAAUACCAGCAUCAAUCUUUAAUCUUACUUUGCUCCGAGUGCUAGGCUUGUACGCAAAUAGACUACAAAUGGCGGCACUGCCACUUGACAUUGGCCACACCCUCCCUAAUCUCCAAAAUAUUACUUUGGGCCAAAACAUGCUUGAAGGUCCUAUCCCAGCGUCGCUAGGUAACAUUUCAAGCCUGCAAUUAAUAGAGUUAUCUAAUAACAGUUUCACUGGAGAAAUUCCUAGUUUCGGAAAGCUACAGAAACUUGUAUACCUAAACCUUGCGGACAAUAAGCUGGAGUCAAGUGACAGCCAAAGAUGGGAAUCUUUAUAUGGACUAACAAACUGCAGUCAUCUAAAAUCGCUCAGAUUCAAGAAUAAUCAGCUGAAAGGAGUCAUACCAAAUUCGGUAGGUAAAUUGUCCCCUAAACUUGAACUUCUACAUCUGGGUGGAAACAAUCUAUCAGGAAUAGUUCCUUCAAGCAUAGGAAACCUUGAUGGCUUAAUAGAUUUGGAUCUUAGCACAAACAGUUUCAAUGGUACAAUUGAAGGAUGGGUAGGAAGUCUUAAAAAACUACAAUCUCUAGAUCUUCAUGGAAACAAUUUCGUUGGAGCCAUUCCACCCUCUUUUGGCAACCUUACUGAGCUAACAUAUCUGUAUUUAGCAAAAAAUGAAUUUGAAGGGACCAUACCUCCCAUUCUCGGGAAACUUAAAAGACUCUCAGCCAUGGACCUUAGCUAUAAUAAUCUUCAAGGUGACAUUCCUCCAGAACUCAGUGGGCUUACACAACUCCGUACACUGAAUCUUUCAUCUAACAGACUUACAGGAGAAAUUCCUGUUGAUCUGAGCCAGUGUCAAGACCUGGUAACCAUCCAAAUGGACCAUAAUAACUUGACGGGUGACAUUCCAACCACUUUUGGUGACCUUAUGAGCUUGAACAUGCUCAGCCUUUCCUAUAAUGAUUUAUCAGGGGCCAUCCCUGUAAGUCUUCAACAUGUCAGCAAGUUGGACUUAUCUCAUAAUCACCUCCAAGGAGAAAUCCCACCAGAAGGAGUGUUUAGGAAUGCCUCAGCCGUUUCGCUUGCUGGCAAUUCAGAGCUUUGUGGAGGGGUGUCGGAACUGCAUAUGCCUCCAUGCCCAGUUGCUUCUCAGAGAACUAAGAUACGAUAUUACUUGAUCAGGGUAUUGAUACCAUUAUUUGGCUUCAUGUCGCUCCUAUUAUUGGUCUACUUUCUAGUCCUCGAGAGGAAAAUGAGAAGAACAAGAUAUGAAUCACAGGCUCCUUUGGGUGAGCAUUUCCCUAAAGUUUCUUACAAUGAUCUGGUUGAAGCAACAAAGAACUUUUCCGAGUCUAACCUGCUUGGGAAAGGAAGCUAUGGUACAGUGUACAAGGGAAACUUGGUGCAGCAUAAGUUGGAAGUGGCAGUGAAGGUUUUUAACCUUGAGAUGCAAGGCGCGGAGAGAAGCUUCAUGCCAGAAUGUGAAGCGCUGAGAAGCGUUCAACACCGGAAUCUUGUUUCCAUCAUAACUGCAUGUUCUACUGUUGAUAGCGACGGUAGAGCUUUCAGGGCCCUAAUUUACGAGUUCAUGCCCAAGGGGAACUUGGACACGUGCCUUCAUCACAAGGGGGACGGCAAAGCUGAUAAGCAUCUGACUUUAACUCAAAGAAUCGGCAUAGCUGUCAACAUAGCAGAUGCACUGGACUAUUUACAUAAUGACAGCGAAAACCCCAUCAUCCAUUGUGAUCUGAAGCCCAGCAAUAUUCUUCUUGAUGAGGACAUGGUUGCUCAUUUGGGGGAUUUCGGUAUUGCAAGGAUUUUUCUUGAUUCUGGGCUAAGACCAGCAAGCUCGACGAGUUCAAUUGGUGUAAAAGGAACGAUAGGCUAUAUCCCACCAGAGUACGGCGGGGGAGGCCGUAUAUCUACUUCUGGGGAUGUCUACAGUUUUGGGAUAGUGCUGCUGGAGAUGUUGACUGGCAAAAGGCCAACAGAUCCUAUGUUUAUGGAUGGACUGGACAUCGUCAACUUCGUGGGCAACAAGUUUCCACAUCAAAUACAUGAAGUGAUUGACAUUUAUCUAAAAGGAGAGUGCGAGUCAGAAGAUUCGGUUCAUCAGUGCCUCGUGUCUCUGCUGCAAGUAGCAGUCUCCUGCACACACUCCAUCCCCGGCGAAAGAGCGAACAUUAGAGAUACAGCUAGCAAGCUCCAGGAAAUUAAGGCGUCAUAUCUUGGAAGGAAGGCAAAGAUAAAUCCUUCAGUUUAAUUACUUAACUACAACUACUACAUAUACUUCCCGGCAGAAAGAAAGAAAAACUACUGCAUAUAGGAUAGGCCAUGCAGAUGUUUCAAACACUCACAUCGAGUGUUGCUACUUUCCUGAAGGUGUUAUCUUCUUUUUUUGUGAGUUCUUGAUGUUAGAAUAUGAUAUGUGUUUAAAGAUAGAGAUAAAAAGUAGGGGUCGAGUAGGUUUAAACCAUUUAUUACUUGUUUUGUAUUUCAAGUCUCUACCCCCUCAUGUAUUCUUAAAGUCGCCCUUUAUCGAAAAGAAAAAAACCCUCAUGUAUUUUAUA